GCUUCUCCUUUUUUACGAAAGUUUCUGGCAGGGAGGGAACGUCAGAAAGUAAAGUCACACCACAAGUGACAUUUUUCAGUUCCUCACGCCGUUUAAAAGCGUCGUGCCGGUAUCCCCUGCCUUAUGGAGGACGACGAAACAAUUGUUCGAGUGCUAACGCGGGCUUAGCAGGCUAACAAACAUGGCGGCUCCUUCCUCCGGUACUUUGACUCCGUGACACGUGAGGACGAGGUAAAGACAUCAUCAACAUGGCCUUAACUCCAGCAUGAGGGCUGGUAGGAGCAUCAUCAUCAUCAUCAUCAUCAUCAUGGAGAUCAGCACUGCCACCAUCGUCCUUCCACAUGAAGCUGGGGACCUGCUGGAUCCUCCCGGUCUAUCAUCCGGCAUAUCCAUCAACAAACUCCUCCCGGCUCUGUUCAAGUGUUUUGGCAUCAUAUUGUGUGGCUACGUCGCCGGCAGGGCCAAAAUCAUCACCUCCACCCACGCCAAGGGUUUAGGCCACUUUGUGUCAACGUUUGCCCUACCCGCGCUCCUGUUUAAGAACAUGGUACUGCUGGACUUUGGGAAUGUCGUCUGGCCCUUCAUCUGGAGUAUCCUAGUCGCCAAAGCGUCAGUGUUUGCCGUCGUUUGUGUCCUCACACUGCUGGUUUCCAGUCCAGAGAGCCGCUAUAGCAAAGCUGGGCUCUUCUCAAUAUUCGCCACCCAGAGCAAUGACUUUGCUCUGGGUUUCCCGAUUGUGAAAGCCCUAUAUCAAAGCACAUAUCCAGAAUACCUCCAAUACAUCUACCUAGUGGCACCUGUGUCGCUAAUGCUGCUAAAUCCCAUCGGCUUUGCCUUUUGUGAAGUCCAGAAAUGGAAGAAUCAGGGAGACCACCAGCAGGGCAAGCUUCUGAUUGUGGGACAAGUGGCUCUGCAAGUCCUUAAGAACCCUAUUGUUUUUAUGGUCAUCAUUGGCAUCGCGGCCCAUUUUGUUCUGCGCCAGACCAUACCCUCAUUCAUGUCCGACUUCGUGGAUGGUUUGGCCAACUCUUUUGAGGGAGCAGCUCUGUUCUACUUGGGUCUGUCCAUGGUGGGCCAGCUAAAGAAUCUAACCAGGUCAACUGUUGUGACGCUGAUACUACUCUUGACAGCAAAAUUGUUGCUGAUGCCUCUUAUUUGUAAAGACAUGGUGGAUCUUCUGGACAACACCAGCCCUGUCAACCACUCGAGCCUCUCGAACUACGCUUUUCUUUACGGAGCCUUCCCCACGGCGCCGAGCGUCGCAAUCUACGCUGUGUAUUAUAACUCCCAGCUGGAAGUGAUCAUUUCUGGGAUGGUGAUCAGCACUUUCCUCUCAGCUCCAAUAAUGUUUACCUCAGCCUGGCUGCUCACGCUCCGUUGGAUGGAUUCUAGGCUUCUGAUGAACGCACUGCAGGAUGUCCGCUUUUAUAUAAGCAUUGCCAGCUUAGUGGCACUGUUGUGGACCAUCGCAGUCAUGCUUUUUAAAAAGGCAUUCAAGAGGCUACCCGACAGGUUUACUGCAAACCUGUUCUUGGCACAGUUUGUCACUUGUUUUGGAAUGAUCCUGUGGAAAUUUGUGGCGGAGAAAGACAACUUUAUCUGUCAGAUCUUGACUUUUACGCUACUGAGCACCUCACUCUACAGCACUUAUGUCUGGCCAGCUUUCAUUGCACUCUCUCUGGUGCUCCUGAGAAGGUUUGACAACUUGAAAGUUUCACCAGGAUGGUUUAUAUUUGCCAGCUGGGGGAUCCCUGCCUUCAUAACUGCCGUGCUACUUAUUUGUGGGGAAAAAAUGCCUGACACCAUAGACUCGUCUGUCUUUUACAGCAAGCCACAGAUCAUCUGCACCACAAUAGUGCUGUCGCUCAGUUUACUACUAGGAGGGAGCUCCCUGCUGUUUCUCGGUCGAGGAAGCUGGGCCCAAAAGGACAGAAGUCGAGGGGAAAACACAUCUGUGGAGGACCUUGUGACUGAAACUGAACAGGACAGCCAGUCUUUGUUUGAGCCAGAAGCCCGUUCAGAAGAUCUUAACACAGGUCAAAAUGAGAAUAGCAGUGAGUCAACGACCUGCCUUGUCUUUAGAGUGGACGAGCGCCAUCAAAAUGAACAUAAACAAGUGGCCCGUCACGUGCCCUUAUGUUUGCUUCUGGGUGUCAGCUUGCUAGCAAACUUGUGUAGCAGUGUGUGGUUGCUCUUUCACCAACAUACGGGCAGACUUUACGUGGAGCUGCAAUUCUUCUGUGCAGUUGCUAAUUACGGGCAGGGUUUUCUCUCCUUUGCACUCUUUGGACUGGACAAACAUUUGAUUAUCCUGCCGUUUCGGAAGAGGUUGCACCUGCUGUGGUAUGGAAAGAAGCAAGGAGAGCAAACACAAAGUGAUUUACCCGAGGAGGUCAGAAUGACCUGCACUAACUUUGUCAAAUACCACAAAGUCAAGUGUUUUCAUGACAUUGUCAGAAAGAGAAGGUGUGGAAUGAGGACAACGGUGGAUUGUUUCCUUGGCUGUGAACUUGUGGAGUGGCUUCAACAGGCGGGCUUAGCUCAGGAUCAAGGUGAGGCCUUACUCUACGGCACACGCUUGCAGCAGGGCGGCAUUCUUCAGCACAUGGAGCAGGAAUACGCCUUCCAAGAUGGUCUGCUUUUUUACUCCUUUGUGACCUAAGCUGUCCCGCAGUGAUCACUUUAAUCUUAGCACAGUGUAAAGAUUGCUAUUUCACACACACGUGCUUGACAAAGGGCAUGCAGUAAUGCAUGAAACCACGUUAGUUAGCUCAGCUGCAUUUGAGAGCUCCGACAACAUUUACAGUUGUCCCAAUGCACUCUGCAAGAGAUCGUACUUAACUUGACUCGCGUGUUUGUUGGAAAGGCAAAUGACAUACAUUAGAUCACAGGUGGAAAAUAUACCCAUUAAACUGAACUACUGUAACCAAUACAAUAGCUGUGCCGCAAUUCUCCCUGUAGAAAAUAUACUAAUGUUGAGUUUGUACCAUUUGAGAGGCAAAUUAAUAACAGACUGAGCUUAUAAAGUAUAAACCACAAUAACCAACCACCAUAGGGCAUGAACUCCAUCCAUCCAUCCAUUUCCUACCGCUUAUCCUAUCUCAGCUACAACUCAUUAUUAAGUAAUUAUUUGGCAAUACAAAAAUACCUCAUUUAGUCACUUGUGACAUUUAAUCACCUCAUGAACUGAUGGUCAAUACAUAGGUCAGUUUUAGAAUGAUAGCACUGUCAACUUUUCAUCUUCCAGUCAACACAUGCACUUGAAUGUUCUUAUUUGAUGUCAGUAGGUGAGUGAAUAGAUGCAGGUUGUUUUGUUUCUAUUUGAGUUUUGUGUUCAUUCAGUUUAUAUUAUGAGUGUUUUACGUGUUUCUAAGCAUGAUGACACAAGCAUCGUUACCAUGGUGAAUACAAAGAGGAUGCAAACAGUGUUGAUGGUUUAUAAGGGAUACAUUAGCACAUGCUUCUAUUGCCAAACAAGCAAGAUGUAAUUAGUUUAACUUAAAAAAAACACCAUUAAGGCUCUGAAUAUGAUGUGUUGCACAUACUGUGCACGUUUCAUCUUCUCUCAGGUGAAUUUAAUUACAGGGAAAAUAUGGUUUGUUUUUAUUGUGAAUUUGUUUAAGCAAGUGUUGAAUAUGACUCUUUAAUAAAAUAAUUGUCAUGCACGUGUGACACAUUUUGUAAAGUGCUGCGUAUUUAUAGAUUGUUCUGAAUAAACCUCACAGCUGCAGUUACCGUGUUUUGUUAUCUUUUCUGAUUUAGCAGUACCGUAUUUUUCGGACUAUAAGUCGCAGUUUUUUUCAUAGUUUGGCCGGCGGUGCGACUUAUACUCAGGAGCGACUUAUGUGUGAAAUUAUUAACACAUUAGCGUAAAAUAUCAAAUAAUAUUAUUUAGCUCAUUCACGUAAGAGACUAGACGUAUAAGAUUUCA